CACACACAUAAAUAUAUUCGCUCCGCCGUCGAUGGCCAAACCCUAAAUCUAUCUCCUCUGACCGCUUCUGCUGCUGCUGUAAGAAAGGCAUUGGCUUUGGGGUGUUGUCGAUAUCCAUACCCGAAUCUGAGACUUGCCGAGUUGGAUCCGGAUUCAAUUGGUGCUCAGCUCAAUCCAUCCGAGUGGGGGGGGUGUUUUUUAAUUCCUAUGUUUCCAUAGAAGCUGGGGGAUUUGUAGAUAUUUAACGGAUCUGAAUUGGUAAGAAGCUUGUGUUCGAGAUUAGGUGGGAAACAGAUCUUUUGGGUUUGAUUCGUGUGGGGGGAGGGGGGAUGAUGCGUUAGUUAAUUAGCUAGCUGGAGCCUGGAAGGAGAGAGUGGUUAUAGAAGAGAAAUCAUGUCGUUUAAGAGUCUGAUUCAGGACAUGCGAGGAGAGCUUGGAAGUAUUUCCAGAAAAGGAUUCGGGUUUGGUAGAUCCAGGUCUCAACGUGUUGUUCAGGAUUCUUGUCUUCUUCCUGUCGAUGCUUUCAAGCAGAGCUGCUGGGCUACUAUGCCCCCUGAGCUCCUCAGGGAUGUUCUCAUGCGGAUUGAGUCUUCCGAAGACACUUGGCCCUCUAGGAAGAAUGUUGUUUCCUGCGCUGGUGUUUGCAGGAACUGGCGUGAAAUCGUCAAAGAGAUUGUCAAAGUUCCUGAACUUUCCUCCAAACUCACUUUUCCAAUUUCCCUCAAACAGCCGGGUCCGAGGGGAUCGCUUGUUCAAUGCUAUAUCAUCAGAAACCGCAGCUAUCAAACUUACCAUCUCUACCUCGGCCUAAACCAAGCAGCUUCUAAUGAUGAAGGAAAGUUCCUUCUUGCUGCAAAGAGGUUUAGGAGGCCAACUUGCACUGACUACAUCAUCUCCUUAAACUCUGAUGAUGUCUCCAGAGGAAGCACUUCCUACAUUGGAAAGCUUAGGUCUAAUUUUCUUGGGACCAAGUUCACUGUCUACGAUGCUCAGCCCACGAAUCCUGGAGCUCAGGUUACCAGAACCCGUUCAACCAGACUUCUCUCUAUGAAACAAGUGAGCCCCAGAAUUCCAUCUGGAAACUAUCCUGUCGCCCAUAUCUCAUAUGAGCUUAACGUCUUGGGCUCCAGAGGUCCGAGGAGGAUGCAGUGUGUAAUGGAUGUAAUCCCUGCAUCAGCAGUAGAACCUGGAGGAACAGCUCCAACUCAAACGGAACUUCUCCACAGCAAUCUCGAUAUGCUCCCUUCGUUCUCCUUCUUCAGGUCUAAAUCAGUUCGUUCAGAGAGUCUCCACCCGUCUGGUCCUGUUCAAAGGGAAGGUCUGCUUGUCCUGAAGAACAAAGCCCCCAGAUGGCACGAACAGCUCCAGUGCUGGUGCCUCAACUUCAAUGGGAGAGUCACUGUUGCUUCCGUCAAAAACUUCCAGCUCGUAGCAGCUCCUGAGAACGGACCUGCUGGACCCGAGCACGAGAACGUGAUUCUCCAGUUUGGGAAAGUAGGCAAAGAUGUGUUCACAAUGGAUUUCCAGUACCCUAUAUCUGCCUUCCAGGCCUUCACCAUUUGCCUUAGCAGCUUCGACACCAAGAUAGCAUGUGAAUGAACCCGCAGUAGGGUUAUUUAGUUCUAUCAUGUUGAAAGAGAGAAAGAUGGGUUGGUUUGGCCUCUCAUUGUCUAUGAAGUUUGUGUGUACUGUACAUAUAGUUUCAAAAAGUCUUGGCGAAGUCCAUACAAGGAGAGGGAGAGAGCGAGAGAGACUCGAAAACGAUAACAUUAGACUGUUUGUUUGUUCUUAAUAUGUUGUGUCGUUAGUGAUUGUAGUUCCAGACAAUGAUUUCAUCUCUCUGGUAAUUUUAAUUUCAACGUUUUUUUGUAUUUUUGGAAAUGUAAUUCAGAUAUUUAAAAUUUAUGAAACCAAAUAUAUAUAAGAUUUUCCCUCGGUA